UCGCGCGGUAGGGGCUCAGUAUCCAGCAUGGCGGACUCGGGGUUGCUGCUAAAGCGGGGUUCCUGCCGUUCCACUUGGCUGCGGGCCCGCAAGGCCCGGCCGCAGCUCAUCCUCAGCCGCCGGCCCCGCCGCCGGCUCGGGACCCUCCGCUGGUGCGGUCGGCGGCGCCUACGGCGGCGAUUACUGCAAGCCCAGGCGGCCGGCGUGGACUGGAGGGAGGGAGCCCGUCAGGUGUCGCGCGCGGCGGCGGCCGGGAGACCCAAGACCGCGACCCCCAGCCCGAUCCCUAGCCCGACCCCGGCCUCCGAACCCGAAUCCGAAUUCGAAUCCGCCUCGAGUUGCCGCCGGCCUCUCCUUAUCCCGCCGGUGCGGCCAGUGGGCCCGGGCCGUGCGUUACUGCUGCUGCCGGUUGAGCAGAUGACAGGCGUUGGUCGAUGCAGAAUUUUUCUCUUCAGUGUUCCAUUGUGUUGCUAGAACAUCUGAAAACUGCGUCUGUAAACUUCAUAACCAGCUAUCCAGGUUCAUCCUACAUUUUUGUGCAAGAGGUAGAACCCGUUUUUAUUCAGAGAUUUGCUAAUUACUUGCACCAAAACAGUGAUAUUAAAUGACUAUGUAGGAUGUUGUCUUGGAAGAGCAGUUUGUCCACAUAGUGCUCUCGGUUCUACCGAAUGUAAUACGUGUAUACAGAAAAUAGUAUAGAAAGGUAUAUUGUGAAAAAUGUUCAUCCUCCCCUCCUCAGUUUCAUUCCUCAGCCAGCAUUUUAUAUCGUAGUUGGUUAUGUGCUUUUUGGGUUUUUAUUAACACCAUGCUCCAGCCCUGCUUUUUUGGUUUUGUUUGUUUGUUUGUUUGUUUGUUUGUUUGUUUGUUUUUGAGACUGAGUCUCUGUCACUCAGGC